CUCGUUUCCACCCCUACCGCAUAACUCAUGUUUUGACAUUACGGGCGGUUGCCCGGGAAUGGCAGAGGCAGAGGCAAAAGAUAAGGAGGCAAUGGAAUCCGCCUGCUCGCUGUUGCUGCUGGGCCCUCUUCGUCUUCCUCCUCCUCCUCUUCUUCCUCUUCCUCUACACUCUCACAAGAAACCCUCUGCCUUCCCUCGACCGCCACCCCACUCCGUCGUCUCUCUCCCCCCUCUCUCGUCCGCCCCCUUCAGAGCAGCCGCUCUCAUCCCCCGGGCGGCGCCGCCGGAGGCCGAAGACGCUGCAGUAUCCGACGACGCCGCAGUCUCCGAAGCGCCCGGCUCGAAGGUACCCACCGGGUUCGGUGCCGGCGCUGCUGCUGAUUCUAAGAAGGCGAAGAAGGGGAAGGGGAAGGGGAAGGGGAAGGAGAAGGAGAGGGGAUCCGUGAUCCGACGAUCCCCUAUCCAGAGGCCCUCGCUCCUCUAUCCCAGCGCCGAGGAUGCUCAAUCAUCCAAGGAGGAGAAGCAGCGGCCGAGCGUCAACGAGAGCGCGUUCCUGCUCGCUUGGUUGGGCCUUGGAUCCCUCAUCCUCGUCGAAGGUGUCGUCUUGGCCGCCUCAGGCUUUUUGCCCGAAGAAUGGGAUGACUUUUUUGUCAAGUAUCUCUAUCCAUCCUUCACUCCAACGGUCUUCCUGUUUCUUGGUGGGACUGUUGCUUAUGGUGUCUUCAAGUACCUCCAAGCUGAGAAAACGAAGAGCUAAUUAUGCUCCAGAGGUGUAUGACAGGCCACCAGCGCUCGUAACAAAAAGAUAAAAACAUGUAUCCUGACCUCCUCAACUCUAAUUUUGAAAUUGCCCCUCCAACUUUAGUUUUAGUUUUCUUGGGGGCAUCCUCUGUACUUCAAGUUUAUUUUAAUUUGAGUUAUUUUCCUUAAUCUAA